CAACAUCAACAAAACUGUUCUCCCCAACAUCAACAUGAUCGGGUCAAUCCGGUGACAUUCCCUCAUUAAAUCCUAGGUUGGAGUCUACUCAAAGAUAUUGUAACUAGCACUCUACUCGAGUUCUUUAACCAUUGCCAACCAUGGUGAGCCAUGAGGACCUGGUUCGUGAAUUUGAACACGAGCAGAAGGAUGUGGUGUUCGGUUCUCUCACCAAUCAUUUCCAAUUGGGUCUCUUCACGGAUUUAACGCUGGUCUGCCAAAAUCAGAGCCUCCGCGCUCACAAGACCGUCCUUUCGGCCUCUUCCAAGUUCUUCCGGGAUAUCCUCAGACAUUAUCCGCUGAUCAUGGCCAUCGAUUUGGAUAAAGAGCUUUCGCCCAACGGAAUCACACUCGACUUCACGGAUCUCCAGCAAUUGGUGAGCACUCUGUAUUGCGUGGGUAAUCUCGACACUUCCUCGCGAGGUAUUGAGUCCAUGCUCCUCGUGGCUCAAGUCCUAGGUAUUCCCACCCUCAUCUCAUUCCUCAAACGCGUCAAGACCUCGUUCCCUAAUUUUACGUCGGAUCACCCGAGGUCGUGGGAUCGACCCAAAGCCCCGUCCAAUCCUCUGUUACCCAGUGUCACGACUCAGCAUCCCGAGGACGAAUUAGCUCGACCUUCGGCCCCUUUUCCUCAAUUGCCACCGGAGAUCCCGUUGCAUAAGCAGGAGAGGAUCGACCCUCAUCCCAGUGGAGAAAGCCAUUCACCCUCAAAUCGUGCGCCCUCCCAAGCGACAUUGGCUUCACUCAGUUCGUUUCCGUUUCAACCCCUGCCUAGCCCCCGACAGGGUGGUCAUGAAGUCAAUCCCAACAGUAGUAGUCGUGUGGUAACGAGUGUGUUGGAGAGCUUUGACCCCAGUUUCUUGACCAAUCUGCAAGCCAAUCAAAUCGAUGAUCUCGAAAACGCUCUAUUGCCGCAUUUGCAAAACGAGGAUUCCAAUCCGGAACCCUCGCCCUUGCCGGCCCCCGGGUCUGGAACAUCCGGUUUGAAUAGUAGGAAGUGUGCCAGUGCUUCCAUGUUUCCGAAUCAAGAGAAAGAACAGCACUCGGUGGUGGUGGACAUUCCACCGGACAUGGACCCGACGUAUAGCUUCGAUCAGCCUACAUCAAGUGGUUUGACCCCGCCGAAUUUUGGCGUCCGGCCGGCCGAUCCGUCUGAAGUAUUGACUCAAUCUGCCAACCCUCCACGAACAUCCCCGUUACCUCAGUUUAGUGUCUUAAAGCCGAAUCAACGAGUGGACCCUUCGGUUUGCGCACCUAAACCCGUGGUGCUCAGACCCGAUGCAUCAUUCUCGCCUUUGUCAACCUCAACCAUUCCGGAAACACCAACGCCUUUGACACCGGAGAUCCCCAAGUCUGAUGACGAAUUAGAGCCACCUAGUUUGCAUGAGGAAGAGACCGAGGAGGGCCUCGUCAUUGACGAGAGCUUUGAGGGUGAGAAUCGAGUGUCUCAGACGGAAGAUGCCGAGAUUGAAGUGAAUCUGGAAAAGGUUCGCGAGGGACAGAGCUUCAAGUUCGCCAUUCCUGGGAGCUCAAAGUCAGUGACAUUGAACUUCUCAGCGGAUGCAUUAAAAGAAAUGCGCAAUUCCAUGACCGGAGAGGAUCAUGAAGACGCCAAUAACGGCUCCAUUCAAGACCCGAAACUUAGUUCCUCGGUGGGCAAAACUACUUCGCCAAGGCAUCUUAGGUCUAGGAAGAGAAAGAAAAAGACCAGUCCAAGUCUGGUUUGUAAAUCUUUGUUCGCGUGUCAGCUCUGUGGCAAGGCCUUUCCAAACAAAAAGCUCUUCGAUCGACACGCCUCAUUCCACGUGGAGAUUAACUCAUCGUGCAAAGUGUGCGGGAAAUUAUUUCCCAAACGGUGGAAUCUAGAGGAGCAUAUGGCCCUUGAACACGACAUGGGAAAGAAGGGCAAAUGUAAGGAUUGUAAUAAAGAGUUCAAAUGGGACCGAAAUCUCUUGGCCCACAUCCAGCUCCAUCAUCCGAAGGAAAUCCGGCAUCGAUGCAAAUUCUGCCCCUUGAACUUCAUCAAGAAGCGCUUCUAUAUUCGUCACCAUCAAAAGAGACACCCCAACAAACCUGAAACCUGGUGCAAGUUUUGCCUUGAGAUUUUUGACAAUGCCAAGGUCCGCGAAGAUCAUACUUGUUCUCAGGUUGAGAUCAGUGUUCGUGGGUUCUAUUGUCAUCGACACGAUCAACCCGAAAAAUUCAAAACCAAGCAAGCUUUGGAGGACCACCUCAAACUAUCCCAUGGAACAUCCUUACAUCAGGUGGCCGUGGAAAAUAAAUGUCCCGUGUGUCAAAAAAAAUUCCUUUUCAAGAAGAAUUUAAUCACUCAUUUGAAGCGCUUCCACGAAGAGAGCUGCCAAGUGGAUUCCAUUGGGAGAGCCGAAAAAGAGACGAUCAAAAUCAAAACUCAUCAGUGUCAGUUUUGUGACAAGACUUUCCACUACGAGGACGAUCGACUUAACCAUGAAAAUACUCACAAAGGCGAAAAGAAUUACGUGUGUCAUUGCUCCAAGGCCUACAGCUCUGAAAAGGCCCUAACUCGCCAUAAAAAGGUGGCGCAUGAGAUGCCAAUACAAACUUAUGUUUGCAAAAUCUGCAACAAGAUCUUGAGUGACCAAUACAAACUCAAGUAUCACAUGGCUGUGCACUCGGACGCCAAGACGUUCCAAUGUUCCGAUUGUGGAAGUCGGUUCAAAUGCCGCGAUAAUUUGCUGAAGCAUUUGAUCAAGAAACACCAGAGGAGAGAGAUCCAUGAGAAUGAGGAAGCCAUUCGUGAUCCCGUGGAACUGGAAGUGAUCCACAACGUGGCUCGCGAGGAAUGUGUGACCUCAACGUGAAAUCAGAUUUUUGUCUAAAUAUCUCUUUAUUAUUUAGGCUCUACCAGAACAUUUGCUUCGAAUAUAUCUUUCGUUAACAAAACAAUGAUGUUUUACUCUCAUAAAAAGGGGAUAGCGAGCUGUGUUGUUUGUGUGUGUUUUUUUUGUAGCGUUAACAUGUUUUUACGAAAAGAAGUGUCCAUCGCAAAUAUAUUUUUUGUAACACCAGUUUGAAGUAGGAGGACAGAUUUUCUUUGAGGUUAAUAAUUCUUGCUCUCUCGGUUCUU